GCUUCCGGGGCCUGGGUGGGGAGAACCUUAGCGCUGAACAGUUUUAGUGCAAACGCAAUGUCCCAACUUUCGAACACGCCUUUUCCCAACUAGCAUCAGGAGGAGGGAAAAAAAAGACAGCUCAGAGACCUACAUCAAUCAGGUUCCACAACCUUUACUUCCAAAGUCAGCUUCAUCAGAAGCUAGGAAAGACUUCGAUACAAGGCUGCAGCAUGGCCGGCCAGACGUUCUCACUGUUUCUUCUGGAAACUUUGCUUAUAGUUCAUUGUAGUUCAGAAGAUUGUAGAGCAGACCAGUUUCGCUGUCAAAAUGGCCAGUGUGUUCCUGGAACCUGGAGAUGCGAUGGUAUUGGUGACUGUAGUGAUGAUUCUGAUGAAUUGGAGUGCCCUCCACCUACCUGUACAGCAGGACAGUUCCAGUGUGAGGGAGAUGGGGAAUGUAUUUCUCAAAGUUGGGUCUGUGAUGAUGAAGAAGACUGUGAUGAUGGAUCUGAUGAGCGUCAUCUAUGUUCUGCAAAAACAUGCACUAGUCAGCAGUAUACUUGCACCAAUGGAGAAUGUAUCCCAAGUGAGUACAGGUGUGACCAUGUCGAUGACUGCUCUGACAAAAUCGAUGAAAGAAGCUGUCGUUACCCUAUUUGCACCCAAAUGGAGUGCUCAAAUGGAGCCUGUUACAACUCUAGCCAACACUGUGAUGGAGUGUUGAACUGCAGGGAUGGAACAGAUGAAAGCAAUUGCACUCGGAGAUGUAACAGCGGUCAGUUUCAAUGUGCCAACGCAGAAUGCAUCCCAGAAAUAUUUGUAUGCGACCGUGAUAAUGACUGUGGAGAUGGAAGUGAUGAGCAAAAAUGUGUUUAUCCAGCCUGCGCAGGAAAUUAUUUUACCUGCCCCAGUGGCCAUUGCAUUCAUCAGAAUUGGGUCUGUGAUGGAGAUGAUGAUUGUGGAGAUAAAGCUGAUGAAAAAGGAUGUGAAAGGAGGCAACAGAAAGACUGCUUACCAGGAGAAUGGACUUGUCCAAAUUCCUGGGAAUGUAUCCCUGUGAACAAGCUGUGUGAUCAGAUCAACGAUUGUUCCUUUGGUGAAGAUGAAACAAACAUCACGACAGGAAACAAUUGCAGUGUAAUCAACUGUGCUGCUUUGAGCUGUGAAUAUGCCUGUCAUGCUUCCCCAUCGGGGGGAGUUUGUUAUUGCCCUUUGGGAUUUGUCGUGAGCACUGAUGGCCGUUCCUGUAUUGAUUUUAAUGAAUGUAAUGUGUGGGGAGCUUGUGACCAGCUGUGUGAAGACCGAAUUGGAAGUCAUGCAUGUUCCUGUGUCCAGGGAUAUGUUCUAGAGCAUCACAAGCACUGCCGAGCAAAUCCCUCAUCUGGAAUUCCAUCCAUUAUCUUCUCAAAUGGUCGUGAUUUGCUGAUUGGUGAUGUUCAUGGAAGGAAUGUACGGAUUCUUGUACGGUCUCGCAAUCGUGGCGUUGUUGUUGGUGUGGAUUUCCACUACUAUCUGGGCAAAAUCUUUUGGACAGAUACUAUUCAGAAUAAGCUGUUCUCUGUAGAUCACAGUGGCUCGAGAAUCCAACAAAUUUUGAAUGUUUCCAUUGACACUCCUGAAAACAUAGCUGUGGACUGGGUAAACAAUAAGUUGUAUGUGGUGGAGACAAGCAUUAGCCGAAUUGAAGUAGUAGAUCUGAAUGGAAGUAAUCGGAUUACACUCAUUGCAGAAAACCUGGGAAACCCUCGAGGCAUUGCUGUUGACCCCACUGUAGGCUACUUAUUCUUCUCUGACUGGAAUGAUAUUUCUGGAGAACCCAAACUAGAGCGAUCCUUUAUGGAUGGAACUCACCGCUUUGAACUAGUCAAGACAAAGCUAGGAUGGCCUGCUGGAAUAACACUGGACAUCAUAACAAAAAGAGUUUAUUGGGUUGACAGCCGUUAUGACUAUAUUGAGACUGUAACAUAUGAUGGACUUGAAAGAAAAACUAUUGUUAGUGGAGGUGCUGCUAUUCCCCAUCCUUUCGGAAUAACUAAUUUUGAGGAUAAAUUAUAUUAUACUGAUUGGACAAAGAUGGCACUUAUGAGAGCCAAUAAGUCUGCAGAAAACAACCCACAAAUUCUCCAUCAAUCUUCUUUGAGACCAUUUGGAGUCACAGUUUAUCAUGCAUUCAGACAGCCAUUUGUGAGAAAUCCAUGUGGCAGGAAUAAUGGUGCAUGUGAUCAUAUCUGCAUCCUUAGCCAUGCAACUGACAAUGAUGGCCUAGGUUUCCGAUGUCGGUGCAGACUGGGAUUUGAUCUUCACCAUGAUGGGAAACAUUGCUACGCCGUGACCCAGUUCCUACUAUUUUCAUCCCAGUUGGCUGUUCGUGGAAUUCCUUUCAAUAUCUCCACUCAGAAAGAUAUCAUCUUGCCUGUGACAGCAAGCCCCUCUUACUUUGUGGGACUUGAUUUUGAUGCAGCAGAACAGUCAAUCUUUUUCUCUGAUACAAGGACAGAUCUGAUCUAUAAACAGAAAAUUGAUGGAACAGACCGGGAAAUCCUAGUUGCCAAUAGAGUGGAUGGAGUAGAAGAUCUGGCUUUCGAUUGGAUUUCAAAAAAUCUUUACUGGACUGAUGCACGUUACAGCAGCAUUUCUGUUCUGCGCCUAGCUGAUAAAUCCAGGAGAGCAAUUGUUGAGAACUUGAACAAUCCUAGAUCCAUUGUUGUGCAUCCAUUGAUGGGAUAUAUCUUCUGGACAGACUGGUACAGACCAGCAAAGAUCAUGAGAGCCUGGAGUGAUGGGUCAAAUGCAAUGGCCAUAGUCAAUACAACACUGGGCUGGCCAAAUGGUCUUGCCAUUGACUGGAGUUCUGUUCGUCUGUAUUGGGUGGAUGCCUUUUUUGAUAAAAUUGAGCACAGUUCCUUCAGUGGUUCAGACAGAAAGACACUCAGUCAAAUUAGUCAAAUGUCACACCCCUUUGGUCUUACAGUGUUUGGUGAUUAUGCAUACUUUACUGACUGGAGGCUGAACGCAAUAGUCCGUGUGCGGAAAGCAGACGGUGGUGGGAUGUCUAUUAUCAGAAGAGGCAUCAACAACAUUAUGCAUGUAAAAUCAUUUGAUGCUUCUAUACAGACUGGAUCCAACUACUGUAACAAACCGACAAAUCCCAAUGGAGACUGUAGCCAUUUUUGCUUCCCAAUACCCAGCUCUCAGAGAGUCUGUGGUUGCCCCUAUGGAAUGAAACUUGACUCCAACAACAUUAACUGCAUUGAAGAUCCAUCGAGUGAACCACCCACACAACAAUGUGCCUUCUUUUCUUUCACUUGUGCCAAUGGAAAAUGUGUGCCAAGUUACAAUCGCUGCAAUGGAGUUAAUGACUGUCAUGAUAAUAGUGAUGAAGCAAACUGUGGAACUUUAAACGUCACAUGCUCUUUAACUGCCUUUACAUGCCCCAAUCAUGAGUGCAUUCCAAAUUAUUGGAGAUGUGACGGACAAGCUGACUGCUCAGAUGGGAGUGAUGAAAAGGGAUGCCCAACCCUUGAUCCCAGAACUUGUGCUGGAAACUAUUUUACUUGCUCUAAUUCCCGGUGUAUUCCUAAAAGAUGGGUAUGUGACACAGAUAACGAUUGUGGAGAUGGCUCCGAUGAGUUUAACUGUGAUUUCACAAGUACCUGUCAACCUGAGCAGUUUUUGUGCCCAGAACAUCGGUGCAUUGACCCUGUUUAUAUAUGUGAUGGUGAUGAAGACUGCCUGGAUGGAUUGGAUGAACAAGGCUGUGUGUAUAACUGCACUUCCCUUGAAUUUAAGUGUGCAAGUGGAGGACAAUGCAUCAGCAACUUCUACCACUGUGAUGGAGUUUUUGAUUGCAGUGAUCGUUCUGAUGAGGCAGGAUGUCCUACUCGACCACCAGGUAUGUGCCACCAAAAUGAAUUUCAGUGUCAAGAUGAUGGUACCUGUAUUCCGUUAAAUUGGGAAUGUGAUGGUUAUGCAGACUGCACUGAUGGAUCAGAUGAACAUCUUAGCUGUUCACCAAAGAAUUGUUCUGACAGCUAUUUUCAGUGUGAUAACGGAAAUUGUGUCUUCAGAAGUUGGCUGUGCGAUGGUGAUAAUGACUGUAGAGACAUGAGUGAUGAAAGAGACUGCCCAACACAGCCAUUUCAGUGUCCCAGUAACCAGUGGCAGUGUCCAGGUCUCAGUACCUGCCUGAACUUGGAUAAGGUGUGCGACCAUACUCCAGACUGCCCAAAUGGUGCAGAUGAAUCUCCACUCUGCAAUACAGAGAGCUGCAAUGAAAAUAAUGCAGGUUGCACACAUGGAUGUAUUGAGGGACCAUUUGGUGCACAGUGUACUUGCCCAAGUGGCUAUCGGCUUACAAAUGAUUCCAAGACUUGUGAAGAUAUUAAUGAAUGUAAUCCACCAGGCAUUUGUAGCCAAAUAUGUUAUAAUCAAAUGGGAUCUUUCAGGUGCAUGUGUGAUGUUGGUUAUACUUUAGAAGUAGAUGAGAGGACUUGCAAAGCUUCAGAUACAACCAAUGUUCUGAUAAUGGUGACAAGCCGUCAGCAGAUAGUUUCUGACAACAUUAGUGCACAUCCACAUGUCAUUCAGAGUGUUAUCCGAGAUGGGAGAAAUAUUGUUGCAAUUGACUUUGAUUCAAUAACUGGUCGAAUUUAUUGGUCAGAUGUAAGUCAAGACAAAGUUUGGAGUGCUUUUGAAAAUGGAACAGAUCGAAAGAUUAUAUUUGAUAGUGGAGUGACUGUCACAGAAAGCAUUGCUGUGGAUUGGAUAGGCCGUAAUCUCUACUGGGCAGACUAUGUUCUUCAAACAAUUGAGGUUUCGAAGCUGGAUGGCAGCCACAGAAGUGUGCUACUCAGCGAUAAUAUAACAAAUCCCAGGGGAUUGGUGUUGGAUCCCCGAAAUAAUACUCAUCUAAUGUUCUGGACAGACUGGGGGAAAAACCCACGAAUUGAAAAGGCCAGUAUGGAUGGCACCUUGCGAACUAUCUUAAUAAGUCGCAAAAUCUUCUGGCCAAAUGGUUUAAGCAUUGAUUAUCCAACUAAACUACUUUAUUUUGCUGAUGCAUAUUUGGAUUAUAUUGAACAUUGUGAUUACAAUGGGAACAACAGGAGACAGGUUUUAGCUAGUGACUUGAUCCUGCAACAUCCACAUGCCAUAACCAUUUUUGAGGAUUUUGUGUAUUGGACUGAACGACGAUCUAACCGUGUUACUAGAGUAAAUAAGUGGCAUGGAAAGAAUCAGACUGUGAUGAUCAGAAAUGUAAUUGAGCCACUCGGAAUAGUUGCUGUUCAUUCUGUCAGGCAACCACCUGCUUGGAAUCCAUGUUUGUCCAAUCCUUGCAGCCACUUAUGUCUGCUUUCGGCAUCGGCUCCUAGAUUCUAUUCAUGUGUCUGCCCCUCAGGCUGGAACCUAAUGGCUGAUUUGAAACACUGUGCAAAAGCUGAACAGCCUUUCCUAAUUGUUGUGCGAAACAGCAUCAUCUUUGGCAUUUCUCUGGAUCCUGAUGACAAAGCUAAUGAUGCCAUAGUUCCUGUAGCUGGAGUCCAGAAUGGCUAUGAUGUUGACUUUGAUGAAGAGGAGGUGCUGUAUUGGGUUGAAUAUCCAGGAGAAAUUCACACUGUGAGGUCAGAUGGAACCAAUAGAAGCAUGUUUGCUCCAGCUUCUACCAUUGGCUCCCCUAUGGGCUUGGCUUAUGAUUGGAUCUCCAUGAACCUUUACUAUACCAACUUUGACCAACAGUCCAUUGAGGUAGUAAACGUGCAUAGUGAUGUCAAGUACAGAAAAACAAUACUAACAAAUAAUGGACAAAGGACUGGUGUUGGAACACCCAAAGGCAUUGUGGUAGAUCCAGCAAGAGGGAAAUUGUACUGGACGGAUCAAGGUACUGACAGUGGAAUUCCAGCAAAAAUUGCUAGUGCUUAUAUGGAUGGCUCUAAUCCUCGAGUUCUCUUCACUAAUGACCUAGAUCAAGUAGAGUUCAUUAGUAUUGACAUCAAGGCACGCAGGCUGUACUGGGCUGUGUUUGGUACCGGAGUGAUCGAACGAGGAGAUCUAAAUGGUUUACAUCGGAUGAUUGUGGUUAACCACCUUUCUCAUCCUCGGGGUUUAGCCAUUUACGAGGGCUUCCUUUACUAUACAGACUCUGAUUUUGAGAUCAUUGAGCGUGUGGAUAAGAUUACUGGUGAAAACCCAGUUGUGGUGAGGAAUAACAUUGCAGGGCUGAAUUGCCUCAGAGUUCACUUCCGAGACAGAUCAGCUGGUUCCUCCAAUGGAUGCAGUAACAACUUUGGAAUGUGCGAACAACUGUGUCUACCCAGACCCAAUGGAGCCUCUACUUGUGCUUGUACUACAGGCUACCAUAUUAACCCAGAUAACAAGACCUGCUCAUCCUUUGAUUCAUUUUUGAUUGUGUCCCAGCUAUCUGUUAUCAGAGGAUUCAACCUAGAUGCAAGUGACCAUUCUGAAGCCAUGGUACCAGUGGGUGGCAAUGCUCGCUUCGCCCUACAUGUGGAUGUACACAUAGCAUCAGGAUUUAUUUACUGGUGUGACUUCAGUAUGGCAUCUUCAAGGAAUGCUAUUCGGAGGAUUAAACCUGAUGGGUCUUCCUUCCAAAGCAUCCUAGUUACAGGAAUUGGUCAGAAUGGUAUUCGGGGAAUUGCAGUAGAUUGGGUGGCAGGCAAUCUCUAUUUCACAAAUGCUUUCCAAACUGAGACAUAUAUUGAAAUUCUCCGUUUGAAUACCACUUUUCGUCGAGUUCUCCUGAAAACAACAGUGGAUCAGCCAAGACAUAUUGUGGUAAAUCCAAAGAUCCGAUAUAUCUUCUGGGCUGAUUAUGGUCAGAAUCCUAAAAUUGAGCGGGCUUUACUUGAUGGCUCCAACAGAACUGUCUUAGUGGAUGAUGGUAUUGUCAUGCCACGAGGUCUCGCUGUGGACCACACAAAUAAUUACAUCUAUUGGGUUGAUGACUCCCUUGACCUAAUUGCUAGGGUCUCACCUGAUGGUGACGAACAUGAGAUAAUUCGUUAUGGCAGUCGCUAUCCAACCCCAUUUGGAAUCACUAUCUUUGAAAACAGUAUGAUUUGGGUGGAUAGGAACUUGAAGAAGAUUUUACAUGCAAGUAAAGAACCUGGAAGCAUGGAACAACCGUCUGUUAUCCGAGACAACUUGAACUUGUUAAGGGAUGUGGUAAUGUUUGAUAAAAGGAUUCAGCCAACAUCUCCCAGGCAAGUUAGCAAUAACCCUUGCUUGAGCUCUAAUGGAGAAUGUGCCCAAUUUUGUUUUGCAUUGCCUGAUUUGCAACUUCCAAAGUGUGGGUGUGCCCAUGGUAGGUUGGCUGCUGAUGGAAAACAGUGUAUGACCGUCACUAAUGAUUAUUUGAUAUAUGCAACAGAAGGUUCCAUUCAGAGUCUUCACUUGGAUACAGCUGACCAUACACGACCCUUCGCAGUAGUAAAUGUAUGGUGGACUGCAGUGGCACUUGACUAUGACAGCAGUGACAAAAGAAUUUAUUUUACACAAAACUUUGGCCAAGGGCGCAGCAUAAUCAGCUACAUCAGUCUUGCAGAUGUCUCUGCUUCCCCUACACAGGUGGUAUCAGGCUUGGGUGCUCCUGAUGGAAUUGCCUAUGAUUGGAUUAACAAGCGGAUUUAUUAUAGUGAUUACUUGAAUCAAACAAUCAGCUCCAUAAAAGUGGAUGGCAGCGAUCGGUCAAUCAUUGCAAAUGUUCCGAGACCAAGAGCUAUUGUACUGGAUCCUUGCAGAGGGUAUAUGUAUUGGACUGAUUGGGGAACUAAUCCUAAAAUAGAACGAGCAACAUUAGGAGGAAGCUUUCGUAUACCCAUUAUAAAUACCAAUUUAGUGUGGCCAAAUGGACUGACAAUUGACUAUGAAGAUCAGAAACUCUACUGGGCUGAUGGUUCUCUAAGGAAGAUUGAGCGGUGUAGCCUUACAGGUACAGACCGUGAGGUGAUUGUUAGCACUGCAAUUUACCCAUUUGCAGUGACCCUCUAUGAUGAGUAUCUCUACUGGACAGACUGGAACACUAGAAGCAUCUACCGGGUCAAUAAGCAUGAUGGGGCUGACCAGACUGUGAUGAUACAAAACCUCCCACAUCGCCCAAUGGAUAUUCAUGUCAUGUCUGAGAACAAGCAGCAACAAUGCAGUAAUCCAUGUGAUCAAUUUAAUGGUGGUUGCAGUCACAUUUGUACUCCAGGGCCUGAGGGUGCAGAAUGCCAAUGCCCUGCUCAUGGAAAUUGGCGCAUGGUUAAUAACAAUAAAGACUGUGUUUCAUCUGAUGCUACUACAUGUCCCACUGGCUACUUUACUUGUUUGAAUGGACGUUGUAUCCCAGAAAGGUGGAAAUGUGACACUGACAAUGAUUGUGGAGAUCAAAGUGAUGAAACAGAGAGAGUGUGUGUCCACAUGGGAACAAAAGCUCAUGGAGCCUAUUUGGAAGCAUUUGUGUAUGUGGAAGCUUUUCAUACCUGUUCACCAUCUACUUUCACUUGUGGAAAUGGCCGAUGCACAUUAUAUAGGUAUCGCUGUGACCAUUACAAUGACUGUGGAGACAACAGUGAUGAGGUUGGCUGCUUGUUCCCUACUUGCAAUGCCACUUCAGAAUUCACCUGUAGUAGUGGAAAAUGUAUUAGCAGUACCUAUGUCUGCAAUGGGGUGAAUGACUGCCAUGAUAAUGGAACUUCAGAUGAGAGGAACUGUCCUGAUCGAACCUGUCAGCCUAGCUAUACAAAAUGUCAAACGACCAAUAUCUGUAUUCCUCGCACUUACCUUUGUGACGGAGAUAAUGAUUGUGGUGAUAUGAGUGAUGAGAGCUCCACCCACUGUGCCACUGGAACUUGUACAGAGAAUGAGUUUCGCUGCUCUUCUGGUCGCUGUAUCCCAUCACACUGGUAUUGUGAUAGUGGAAUGGAUUGUGCUGAUGGGUCUGACGAACCAUCUACUUGUAUUCGCACAGAACGGACUUGUUCAGGCCAACAGUUCAAAUGCGAUGAUGGCAGAUGUAUCCCUUCAACCUGGGUCUGUGAUAGUGACAAUGAUUGUGGGGACAUGAGUGAUGAAGACCAACGACAUAAUUGUGCAAACCGUACCUGCACAGCUACAGAAUUUACAUGUGUUAACAGCCAUGCUCCUCAGAGAAGAUGUAUCCCAAGGACAUGGAUUUGUGAUGGAGAUUCUGACUGUUCUGAUGCUUCAGAUGAACAUCAGAAUUGCACUAGGCGAUCUUGCAUAGCAACAGAGUUCACAUGUGGCAAUGGCCUCUGUAUCAGGAGUUCAUACAGAUGUGACCGACGCAAUGACUGUGGUGAUGGUAGUGAUGAACGAGGCUGUAGAUACCAACCUUGCACCCAACACCAGUUUACAUGUCAGAAUGGCCGCUGUGUUUCACAGUUAUGGGUCUGUGAUGGUGAUAACGAUUGUGGAGAUAGAUCUGAUGAGAUGAAACACCUGUGCAUCACCUCUGAGCCAACAUGCCCUCCACAUCAUUUCAAAUGUGACAAUGGAGCCUGUAUUGAAAGUGGCAAGGUGUGCAAUGACGUGGAUGAUUGUUCUGAUAACAGUGAUGAAAAAACAUGUGGUGUUGAUGAAUGCAAUGAUCCUGCACUGAAUCACUGCACACACAAGUGCACCAACACAUUGACUAGUUUCUUCUGCUCUUGUAACCCUGGCUACCAUCUCAUGAGUGAUCAACAGACUUGUGAAGACGUUGAUGAAUGCAAUGUAACACCGGCUGUUUGCAGUCAGAUUUGUGAAAACACAGAGGGUUCCUACAUCUGCAAAUGUGCCCCAGGACAUCUUCGAGAACCUGAUGGAAGAAGUUGUCGCCAAAACAGCAAUAUUGCUCCUUAUCUCCUCUUCAGUAAUCGCUACUACAUACGUAAUCUGUCUGUUGAUGGGGAAAUUUAUACUCUUGUUCAACAAGGGCUCAUUAAUGUGGUGGCAUUGGACUUUGACAGAGUUGAGCAAAGGUUGUACUAUAUUGACUUGGGUCGAAGAAUUAUUGAACGGAUGUUCCUGAACGGAACAAAAAAGGAAACUAUCAUUAACCAUGAUAUACAAGGUGCAGAAGGCCUGGCUGUUGACUGGGUUGGAAGGAAGCUCUACUGGCUUGAUCAGUUUAAAAAUUGCCUUAAUGUUGCUGAACUUGAUGGAAGGUUCCGUAAAAUGCUGGCCGAUCGCUGUGUGGAUACAAGCAAUAUUUACUGCUUUGAGAAUCCUCGAGCUAUUGCUGUCUAUCCAAAAUAUGGAUAUAUUUUCUGGACUGACUGGGGUUAUCAAGCAUAUAUUGGACGCAUAGGUAUGGAUGGUAAAAACAAAUCUGCCAUUGUUACCACAAAAUUGGAAUGGCCUAAUGGAUUGACCAUUGACUACACAAAUGAUAAACUCUAUUGGACCGAUGCUCAUCUGAAUUAUAUUGAAUUUUCCAACCUGGAUGGGAACCAUCGGCACACAGUAUUUGGUGGAACCCUAAGCCACCCAUUUGCCAUUAGCCUAUUUGAAGAUACAAUAUAUUGGACUGAUUGGAACACAAAAUCAGUUGAGAAAGCAAAUAAAUACACUGGAGAAGGCAGAGUGUUGUUGGUGAAUACCACCCAUCGGCCCUUUGACAUCCAUGUAUAUCACCCAUACAGACAGCCAAUUGCAAACAAUCCAUGUGAUAAAGAUAAUGGUGGCUGCUCCCACCUAUGUCUGAUAGCAGAAGGUGGUCAAGGUCACACAUGUGAAUGUCCAGAUAACUUCAUUAAGCAGUCUGGCAGCGUCACUCAAUGUAUCCCCAUGUGCACAAGUACACAGUAUAGAUGUCUUGACAAUGAAAGGUGUAUUCCUAUCUGGUGGAAAUGUGAUGGACAGAAAGAUUGCCGGGAUGGAUCAGAUGAACCUACAACCUGCCCAACCCAUUAUUGUAGAAUUGGACAGUUUCAGUGCAAUGAUGGAAACUGCACUACUUCCAACUCCUUGUGUAAUGGUUAUCAGGAUUGUGCAGAUGGAUCUGAUGAAGACAUUGUACUUUGUAUCAAUCAUCAAUGUGAGAACUACCAGUGGCAGUGUGUCAAUAAACGCUGUAUUCCUGAAGCCUGGCAAUGUGAUGGGGAGAACGACUGCAUAGAUAAUUCAGAUGAAGACCCUGCUCACUGUGCUUCCCGAACUUGUCAUCCAGGCCAGUUCAAAUGUAACAAUGGUCACUGCAUUCCACAAUCCUGGAAAUGUGAUGUAGAUAAUGACUGUGGCGAUUACUCCGAUGAGCCCUUUGAUGAAUGCCAUGGGGUCAACUACUCCUGCGAUAACCACACCGAGUUUGCCUGUCAAACAAAUUACCGUUGUAUUCCUAAGUGGGCUAUAUGCAAUGGCUAUGAUGACUGCCGGGACAAUAGCGAUGAGCAAAAUUGUGAGGAUCUUACUUGCAAUCCUGUGGGCGAUUUCCGAUGUGACAGUCAUUGGUGUAUUCCACUUCGCUGGAAGUGUGAUGGAGAAAAUGAUUGUGGUGAUGAUUCUGAUGAACGUGAUUGCAGACCUCGUGAUUGUACUGAAAGUGAAUUCCGCUGUGACAAUCUGCGGUGUAUUCCUAGACGUUGGGUGUGUGACCACGAUAAUGAUUGUGAAGAUAACUCAGAUGAACGAGACUGUGAGCUGCUGACAUGCCUGCCCAGUUACUUCGAGUGUUCUAGUGGUCACUGCAUCAUUGAAAGGUUCAGGUGUGAUGGGAAUGCUGACUGUGCAGAUUACUCUGAUGAAAGUGCCUGUCCAACUCGUUAUCCCAAUGGAACCUAUUGUCCACCCUUCCUGUUUGAGUGCAAGAACCAUGUUUGUGUGCAACCAUACUGGAAGUGCGAUGGUGACAAUGAUUGUGGAGAUGGAUCUGAUGAAGAGCUCCACCAUUGCUUGGACAUCCCGUGUGACUCUCCUUUCCGUUUUCGUUGUGAUAAUAAUCGCUGUGUGUACGUACAUGAAUUGUGCAACCAUGUAAAUGAUUGUGGAGAUGGAAGUGAUGAAAAAGAAGAAAACUGUAAACCAGCUACACCUCAUCCUUGCACAACUGAGGAAUAUAAAUGUGGGAAUGGAAACUGCAUUCCUGUCCAACAUGUUUGUGAUAAUUAUGCUCACUGUGCUGAUCAAUCUGAUGAAUUGGGAUGCAAUCAUGAUACCACACGAUCUUGUGCAGAAAACCUCUGUGAGCACAAUUGUACAGAUCUGAACAAUGGUGGUUUUAUCUGCUAUUGUAGGCCUGGGUACCAAGUAAAGGAGGAUGAUACAAAUGCUUGUGAAGAUAUCAAUGAGUGCGAGAUCUUUGGCACCUGUCCUCACAAUUGCAAAAAUAGCAAGGGAAGCUAUGAGUGUUUCUGUGCUGAGGGAUUUCGAUCUAUUGUGGAGGAGCAUGGCACUCAGUGCAUGGCAACUGGGAAUCCUCCUAUCUUACUUUUGCCAGAUAGUGUACGCAUUCGGCGAUACAGCAUGUCAUCUGAAAAAUACACAGAUUAUAUUCAGAAUGAAGAAGACAUCAAAGCUAUUGAUUAUAUCUGGGAUACAGAAGAUCCAGAUCUCAGUGUUGUGUACUGGACUGUCCUGGGACGUGGCGCAGAAUUUGGUGCUAUAAAGCGAGCCUUUCUCACUACUUUUGAUGACAAUGGAAACAAUCCUAUUACAACAGUGGACUUAAAUCUUAAAUAUGUAGUGACUCCUGAUGGCAUUGCUGUGGACUGGGUUGGAAAGCAUGUUUAUUGGACUGAUGCCAGCACCAACAGAAUUGAAGUGGCAAAACUAGAUGGAAGGUACAGGAAAUGGUUGAUUUCCUCUCAACUUGAACAGCCUGCUGCUAUUUCUGUAAAUCCUAAACUUGGGCUGUUCUACUGGACAGACUGGGGCAGAAUUCCCAAAAUAGAAUGUGCCUGGAUGGAUGGACAGCACCGGCAUGUGCUGGUUAACCGUGACUUGGGUUGGCCUACUGGCCUCACUAUAGAUUAUCUUAAUGGUGACAGAGUUUACUGGAGUGACUCCAAAGAGAAUCUCAUACAGUCUAUGAACUUUGAUGGCAGUGACAGAAAGCUGGUUAUAAAUGGAGACCUAGGCAAUCCUUACAGCCUUGAUAUUUUUGAAAAUCACCUGUACUGGACAUCAAAAGAAAAUGGUGAAGUCUGGAAACAAGAUAAAUUUGGUACCAGUCAGAAGAUAAAAGUGCUGACUGUAAACCCAUGGCUAACCCAAGUUCGAAUAUACCAGGAGCAUCGUUACAAUCACUCAGUGCCUAAUCCUUGCAAGGGUGUCUGCAGUCAUCUGUGUUUGCUAAGACCAGGAGGGUACACCUGUGCUUGUCCUCAAGGCAGUCAGUUUCGAGGUGGCAGCCUUAUAGAAUGUGAUGCAGCCAUUGAGCUGGAACGACCGAUGCCACCUGCCUGCAAAUGUAGGAAUGAAGGAAUUUGUCAUAUUGAAACAAAUACUACAAAGUGCACAUGUCCUUAUGGAUAUACAGGAAGCUACUGUCAGACUGGAAGAUCCCAAGCACCACCUCAUUCAACAGCAACUGCAGUCUUACUGACCAUUAUUAUCAUCUUAAUUCUGGGAGCACUAGCUGGUGGUGCAUUUCUGAAUUAUAGACGGACAGGCUCAAUCUUGCCAUCUUUUCCUAAGCUUACAAGUUUAAGUCGUCUUAUGACGUCAAAAGAUAAUGGAGUGACAUUUAGAUCUGGACUGGAUACUGGAAUAGACAGUGGAGCCUCUGCUAUAGACAUAGAUUCUGCAAUUGAUGGAGCAAUGCAGUUGAAUGAAAACUUUGUAGUGGAAGCAGGAAAGCAACCAGUCACAUUUGAAAAUCCCAUGUUUGGAACAAAGGGAAAUGUUUCCAGUGAUGCUCCUGCAAUCCAGCAACCAACGGAUACAGUGGCAGUUGGUGGUGAAACAAACGGAAGCAGUUUUGAGAAUCCCACCUAUACAUCUAUGCCUUCUUUUGUGGAAAAACCUAUUUCAGCUGGAUCACAAGCUCAGGAAUCAAAGUGGAACUUUUUUAAACGAAAACCUAAACAAGGGACAAAUUUUGAAAAUCCUGUGUAUACAGAGUGCCAGAAACAGCAACAGACAAAUAACCCACUUGGAGAAACCGCUGCCACUUCUCAUACUUUUGGAUUACUUCCAAGUAAGUCGCAUUCAAAAAAAGACGAACCUUUGACAUAUAGUCCUACGGAGAAUACUUUCAAAGAUACAGCUACUCUUGUCAAAGAGGAUUCAAAUGCAUAAUUCAAAACUGAGCUAGAGAAAGAGACAGACUUUCCUCUGAUACAUUAUAUUUUUAUAUACAGCCAGCAUAUUUGGACAUAUCAUAAAUAUUUGGUUAAAAAAACCUUUUAAAGCUAAUUAGAAUGAGCCAAUAGCUGUCAAAAGAGGUGAUCUGUCUGUUCCUUUAUCUUCAGUACUAUUUUGUGCCAGCUUUUUUUGUUGGUGUUUUUAUCUGAAAAAAACUUUCAAUCAAGAGGUACUUUGCACUGGACUUGUGUUAAAGUUUGAGAUAUGUAAUGUUAUAAAUACGUUGUACAUUUGUAAAUUUUGAAGAGAUUAUGUCAAUUAUUUUGCCAAGGGAAAGGCUGAUUUGUAUUGAAGGUUGAAAUCUGAGGAAACGUAAAGUUUGAGGUGAAACUACUAAUCUUAAUAUAAACAAAAGUAAUUCUAAAUGUGAAAACUACUGAUCUUGCCACAUAAUAUGAAGGAAUUCUUCACAUUUUGAUGGAACUAAAUGAUAGAAAAUAUAUAUAAAACAUGUACACUGGAGCUUUAGCAUUUCAAUUAUUUGUACACUGUGAAAUAAAUAAUAAAUGGUCACUUAAGCUAUGAUGAACUAGUUGUUAAUUGCAGAAGACUGACUUUUAAAAAAAAGUCUAGAUAUGCUCCAAUCCAGGUAAGCAAAGAUCUUCACAAAAAAGUUCAUUUGAUUAUUCAAAAUUAAAUAUUCAUAAAGAUAUUGUUUCAUAAUUGUUUUGUUCUGUUAAUUCUGUAAAAUGUUUCUUCUGAAAUCUAAAUAGUUUAAUUUUGUUCAUUUUUAAUUAGUUGUAAGUCAGCAGGUUGUUGCUGAAGUUAUGGUCAUGGGUGUAGGACAGGACAGCGUAAGGGAAAGCACUGUUAAACACCAGGGUGGCAUGUGCAAAAAAUGGUAGCUACACAACUUAUGAUAAAAACCUAAAUAAUAAAUAAUGAGGAUAGACUGCUCGACUAGAUUCAAAUACUUGUAGCAAAUGCUUCCUAAUAUUUUAUGUAAAGAAAUAUAGGAGCAUUCAGAAAAUUUGGAUCAAUAACAUUUUUCUUUUAACUUGACUUCCAGCUUAACGGUUCAUUUACCUUGGUGCAACAGGGAUAGUCAUAUUCACUGGUUUGAAUGGAAUUCUAGUUCUUGUAAAUCAAAGCUUUGAAAUUAGAGAGGAAGAACAGAGUUUGUUUCUAACUCUAAAACUCUUCACUUAAAAAAAUGUGGAGGAAAACACCUACUAAAACAAUGCUUUUCUGACCACAGACAUUUUCAAAGGGACCAAAUGAAAUCAGUUUAUUCUGGUCUAGUUACAAAUGUGAGCAAAACAUCCACUUGAUUUAAAAAAAAAGCUUUGUGCAUCUCAUACCCUCAGACAUUUUUUUUGCUAUCUUUAAAUAUUGGAGCAAAUAUAUUCAAAAUAAAACUGUUGAUACAAAUAGUGUGAGAUUGUCAGAUAUUCCUUUAAUUACAAUCAAAUACGCUGUGAAAAGUAAAUACAAUUUAAAACUGGAAAGUAAAACUAAAUAUAGCAUUGGAUACAAGUGACUGUUAAUACAGAUUACAUUUUAAGUUUAUACCUCAUGAGCAAUACUAAAAUGAUUAGGCCCAGAUAAUUUGAGGGUGCAUACAUGAGGAUCAAUGGUCGGCACAACAUCGUAGCCUAAAGGACCUGUUCUGUGCUGUACUGUUCUAUGUUCUAUAUAUUCUCUUAUUCGUCAAGAUUCAAGGAAUGAUUGGGUGACCGUUCAUCUUGGCUUACUUCACACUGAAGUACAAUUCCAACAGACAUUGUCCAAUAAAUGGCCUAAACUAGCUGCCUAAAUUUACUAGUUAUAGGCCUGCACAUCUUCAUAUUGAUUGUACUUAAUAUGAUUAUAGUUUUAUAUAUUUUACCUUAAGAUUUGAAUAUUUUAGAAUCUUUUGUAUGCUAAUUUUGAUGGAUGUAUUUUAAUUAGCAUGAAAUUUAUAUUGUACUUCGAUCAAGAAAAAAAUCUGUUACUGGAAAAACAAUCUGCUCAAAAUAUCUAAUAAAUUGUUAUUUUAUCAUA